UCUGCUCAAAACCCUGCUUAAAGCCCUAGUUUGCCUCCUCCGCUACGGCGCUACCAUUCCUUCCAAGGCGCUGAACGUAGGAUUAUUUAGGUUUUGCUAAAGAAGAUGUUGGUGUUGUUCGAGACUCCGGCGGGCUUUGCGCUUUUCAAAGUUUUAGAUGAAGGAAAGCUAUCCAAAGUUGAGGACUUGUGGAAGGAGUUCUCGAGCUCGGACUCUGCAAGAAAGGUGGUGAAGCUGAAAGCCUUUGACAAGUUUGACAACACGGCUGAUGCUCUAGAGGCAGCGACCAAAAUCAUCGAUGGCUCGACCACGAAAGGUCUUCGAAAAUUCCUGAAAGCUCACUGUGAAGGCGAGAAUUUGGCUGUGGCUGACUCGAAGCUGGGAAAUUCAAUCAAGGAGAAAUUGAAAAUCGAUUGUGUUCACAACAAUGCUGUCAUGGAAUUGAUGAGAGGUGUGAGGAGUCAGUUAACAGAACUUAUAGCUGGUCUGGCGAAUCAAGAUCUGGCACCAAUGAGCCUUGGUUUGUCUCAUAGCUUGUCUAGAUACAAGCUGAAGUUUAGCGCUGAUAAGGUUGAUACUAUGAUUAUUCAAGCUAUUGGGUUGCUUGACGAUCUUGAUAAGGAGCUUAAUACUUAUGCAAUGAGAGUCAAGGAAUGGUACGGUUGGCAUUUUCCAGAGCUGGCCAAGAUUGUUCAAGAUACCAUUGUCUAUUCUAAAGUGGUGAAGUUUAUGGGUUUCCGUGAGAAUGCUACAAAACUUGAUUUCUCUGAGAUACUAACUGAGGAGGUUGAGGCAGAAGUGAAGGAAGCAGCCAACAUAUCAAUGGGGACUGAAGUGAGUGAACAUGACCUUGCAAAUGUCAGGCAGCUCUGUGACCAGGUCUUGUCUCUAUCCGAAUACAGGGCCCAACUGUACGACUACCUGAAAAGUAGGAUGAACACUGUUGCACCUAAUUUGACUGCUCUAGUCGGAGAGCUUGUUGGAGCUAGGCUAAUUGCCCAUGGAGGUAGCUUGAUGAAUCUUGCCAAGCAGCCAGGGAGCACAGUCCAGAUUCUUGGAGCAGAAAAGGCCCUAUUCAGAGCUCUGAAGACAAAGCAUGCCACACCUAAAUAUGGGUUGAUUUACCAUGCAUCCCUUGUUGGUCAAGCGGCACCUAAGAUGAAAGGGAAGAUUUCUAGGUCACUUGCCGCUAAAGCUUCUCUUGCUAUUCGAUGUGAUGCUCUUGGAGAUGGUCAGGAUAACUCCAUGGGACUAGAGAACCGUCUUAAGCUGGAAGCAAGAUUGAGGAGUCUUGAGGGCAAGGAAUUAGGGCGCUCUGCAGGUUCAGUUAAGGGGAAGCCGAAGAUUGAGGUUUAUGACAAGGAUAGAAAGAAGGGAGCAGCUGGAAUGAUAACUCCUGCGAAGACGUACAACGCUUCUGCUGAUGCUGUUCUUGACCAAACACCGAAAUCGGUUGGAGAGGAGACUGUUGAAAAGAAGAGGAAGAUAGAUGAGGAAGCUCCCGCUACUGAAGAGAAGAAAGACAAGAAGAAGAAGAAAAAGAGCAAAGAUGUGGAAGUUGCUGAAAUUACAAAUGGAGAUGCUACUGGCGAAAAGAAAGAAAAGAAGAAGAAGAAGAAAGAAGCUGAAGCUGAGCAGAAUGACGUUCAAGAUGGUGAGAAGAAGAAGAGGAAGCGUUCUUCAGAGCCAGAGGAAGCUACAGAGACACCUACUAGCAAGAAGGAUAAGAAGAAGAAAAAGAAGAAGAGCGAAGAGUGAGAAUGUGCAGACCCUUGAUGGUAAAGCCUUGAGCUUUCUGGACAUGGAACUUCUUGCUCUGGUGAUUUUAACAAUUUUGGGUAAAGCGGGAAUGGAAGUUAUGGGAGUCUUGUGAGGCAAGAGGUCUACAUUUGGGAACUUCCGUGUGUUUUAUUGCAUCGUUUGUUCUGCUUUUGUGUCUAGAUUUCGCUGGACUGUUUGUUAUAACUUAUUAGUAAAACGAUGUUAGCGUCUAGAAAAAUGCUCAGAUUGUGUUAAGAAAAUCUCCAUUUUCUUGCUUCAGGAUGCAAACGUCUCGCAGUCUUGGUUUAAUUCUGGUUUGUACUGUUCUUCCAACGCCUCAACUAUAUUUGUCGAGGGUUUGAUUGCACACCGAGAAAUGAAGGGUUGGUCAAAAGUUGGGGUUAAUUGCUUAAAUCGUCUCACUGAACUUCGAAUGUGACAAAAUGGUCACUAGCUUUUCCGUC